AUGCGCGUGCACGACGAGGUGUGCAUUGCGCACUGCAGCUUCGGCUGGAACAUGUCGGAAGAGGAGCCCGCCAUCUUCGUGUGCAACAGCGGGAGCAUCGAAGGCUCGCCUUUGCCAACCUGCACCCCGCUGCCCUGCGACUUCUCCUUCCCGGAUGGCCUUGGGGUGACGCACGACUGCGCUGGCAUCCGCACCGCCGAGACCUGUACGGCCAGCUGCAACGUUACGGGCUACACCUAUGUGGCGGGGAACGCUGCAGAGGUGUUCACUUGCCAGCCUGGUGGCAGCAUGUCUGGGACCUCGCCAUCUUGCCAGCGCCCCUUGGCCAUGGCAAGGCUUGGGCCACUCCAAUAG